AUGAGGUGGCAGUGCGGCGUUCGGUUUAAAGCGCUUCGGCUGGCGAUCCCAUGGGCGACGCUGCUGGCACUAUGCCUUCCCAGCUGGGUCUUUGCCACCACUGCCAUUGCCGUUGCUGUUGUUGCCCCUGAGCAACAUGCCUCUUUGGCUGGUCAGCCCCCUUUGGAUUGGUUGCUUACUGACCGUGGCCCAUUUCACCGUGCACAGGAGUAUGCUGACUUCAUGGAACGAUACCGUCAAGGUUUCACCACCAGGUACAGGAUUUACAGAGAGUUUGCCCGAUGGAAGGUGAAUAACCUGGCUCUUGAAAGAAAGGACUUUUUCAGCUUGCCAUUACCCCUUGCCCCAGAGUUCAUCCGGAACAUUCGCCUCCUGGGACGGAGGCCCAGCCUACAGCAGAUUACAGAUAACCUCAUCAAAAAGUACGGCACUCAUUUCUUACUCUCUGCAACUCUUGGAGGUGAAGAGUCAUUGACUAUCUUUGUGGACAAGAGAAAACUGAGUCGAAAAGCAGAAGCAGGUGAAGCUACUGGGCCUGGGAGAAGUGGGAAUAGUUCUGCUGUGUCCCUGGAGACUCUACAUCAGCUGGCAGCCUCCUACUUCAUUGACAGAGAAAGCACACUACGGCGUCUCCACCACAUUCAGAUAGCAACAUCUGCAAUCAAGGUCACAGAGACACGAACAGGCCCUCUGGGCUGCAGUAACUAUGACAAUCUGGAUUCAGUCAGCUCAGUCCUGGUGCAGAGUCCAGAAAACAAGGUGCAGUUACUAGGCCUGCAGGUGCUGCUGCCUGAGUACCUAAGAGAGCGAUUUGUGACAGCUGCUCUCAGCUAUAUCACCUGCAGCUCAGAAGGGGAGCUCAUCUGCCGGGAGAAUGACUGCUGGUGCGAGUGUGGACCCAGUUUCCCAGAAUGCAACUGCCCUGAACCGGACAUCCAGGCCCUGGAAGAUAGCCUGCUCCAGAUUCAGGACACCUGGGCUACUCACAAUAGGCAGUUUGAGGAGUCAGAGGAAUUCCAGGCUCUUUUGAAGCGACUGCCAGAGGACCGCUUCCUGAACACCACUGCCAUCUCCCAGUUCUGGGCCAUGGACUUGAGCCUCCAGCACCGUUACCAGCAGCUGGGGACCACCCUGAAACUUCUCUCCAAGAAAGCCCACCGGGUCAUCCGCCGCCUCUUCAAUCUUUGCAAACGCUGCCCCAGACAGCCCCGAUUCCGGCUGCCUAAGGAAAGACCCCUAUCCUAUUGGUGGAACCGGAUGCAGUCCCUCCUCUACUGUGCCGAAAGCACUUUCCCUGGGACUUUCUUGGAGCAGAGCCACAGCUGCACCUGCCCCUAUGACCAGUCCUCCUGCCAAGGUCCCAUCCCAUGCGCGUUGGGUGAUGGGCCAGCCUGUGCUGUCUGUGCCCCGGACAACAGCACCCGCUGCGGGAGCUGCAAUGAUGGCUACGUGCUGACCCAGGGGUUGUGCCGGCCAGAGGUGGCAGAGUCCCUGGAGAAUUACCUGGGCCUGGAGACGGACCUGCAGGACCUCGAACUUAAGUAUCUGCUUCAGAAACGGGAUAGCCGCAUCGAAGUCCAUUCCAUCUUCAUCAGCAAUGACAUGCGUUUGGGCAGUUGGUUUGAUCCCUCGUGGAGGAAGCGUAUGCUUCUGACUCUGAAGAGCAACAAAUACAAGCCGGGGCUGGUGCAUGUGAUGCUGGCCUUGUCCCUCCAGAUCUGUCUCACCAAGAACAGCACCCUGGAGCCCGCCAUGGCCAUCUAUGUCAACCCCUUUGGGGGCAGCCACUCAGAGAGCUGGUUCAUGCCUGUGAAUGAAGGAGAUUUCCCAGACUGGGAAAGGACUAAUGUGGAUGCAUCGGCGCAGUGCCAAAACUGGACGCUCACCCUGGGGAACAAGUGGAAGACCUUCUUUGAGACCGUUCACGUCUACCUGAGGAGCCGAAUUAAAUCCCUCGAUGACAAUUCUAACGAGACACUUUACUAUGAGCCCCUUGAGAUGUCUGAUCCUUCCAAGAAUCUGGGCUACAUGAAAAUCAACAGCUUGCAGGUCUUUGGCUACAGCAUGCCCUUCGACCCUGAUGCUAUUCGGGACUUAAUCCUCCAGCUGGAUUACCCAUACACGCAAGGUUCCCAAGACUCUGCCCUCUUGCAGCUCAUUGAGAUUAGGGACCGAGUGAACCAGCUUUCUCCCCCCGGGAAAGUCCGGCUUGACCUCUUCUCUUGCUUGCUCCGGCAUCGGCUCAAGCUGGCCAACAACGAAGUGGGCAGGAUCCAAUCCUCCCUGAGGGCCUUCAAUGCCAAACUGCCAAAUCCUGUGGAAUAUGAGACUGGCAAGCUCUGCAGCUAACCAGGGGGCCCUGGUUAUGCUGUGGCACUGGCAAGCAGGGGGAGCCAAGACUGUCCAAAGGGCCUUAACUUAGUGCCAACAGUGUGCAUUGAGCAAAUGAGACUUUAAGGCAUGGAUUGAAUCACAUUCAAGGGAGAUAAGAUGGACACAGAUGUGGGCACGUGGAAACAUAAUCAUACACACCAACAUAUGUUAUCUCCCUCAGUGGGAGUCUAAAACAAAGCAGAAUCUGAUUGGUAAAAUCAGUGAUUUCUGACAUAAGAAAAAUUGAUGAGAGAAGAGAUUUUUAAAAGCCUUCUCA